AUGGAGGAUGAAGGCUUUGACAGGCCAUUCGGAUUUAUCGUCACUGGCCAAUAUCUUGCUAUUCACUAUCACGGCAACGACUUCGAGAUAUGCAGAGACUACCAUGCGCGUGGUGCUUUGUUCUACCUUUCCGACGACGGAGAAACGAUAAUUCACAAUCGCACAUAUGUCGGCGCUCUCACUGACUAUCCCGACUAUGAAGGAGACGUAUUUUACAUCCGCAAUGGGUCGCGGUACCUAGCCCAGGACGGGCAGUGGACGGACCACACCCAUGACGCUAUCAAAGUCCAAAUUGACCCAGCGGGAGACUAUGGCGAUGCCGAACCUCCCAUUCCCCCGUCAAUUUCAAAUCCUGUCGUUGAUCCGGGCAAUCCUAUUUCCGCGGACGGAGUCGAUCUUUACCACCCCGAUAAAUGGUUUUCGUUAUAUCCCAUUACCGGCGAUAGUAUCUGGUCCGGUGAUGCUGGGGAGCUGGAAACCAAGCUAUAUUUUGGUGGAAAUCCGUACAGUGAUGGGAGGUGUUUUCAGCUCUCUGAACAUGAUGGGAAGACACGGAUCCGCUCCUAUGAGGGUAAAUAUCUGGUCGUUCUGAUGGAACCUAGUAUUGCCGCGUACCUGGAUGAAGGCUGCAAGGGACAUACUAGGUUCGAUCGAUGUUCUCGGUGCAAGCUCCAUUACACUAUUGGAUAUAGUUCCGAGCCGGACGGGGGUCUUUUUUUAGUUCCGAGGGGUCUGCCAAGCAUGUUUGUCCUGAAUGAUGGUCUUUUCUACUAUAAAGUCGAUGUUCUUAAGGGUAGUUAUUCAGAGGUAAAGCGCGUUGAAGACAUGGAUGAUGCGUCAUUUUUCCAGUUUGUCGCCUGA